GAGGCGGAUCUUCAUACCAUCAGCGCGGAUUUUUUUGAGAUAUUAUACCAUUAUCUUGUUCACGACAAAAUCUUGACCUACACCUGCAAACAUGUAGACGCUUGGUCUAAAGCUCUCGGACCAAUCGCGAAACAAGACGAAAACCUCUGGAACGACUGGUCCGCAAUGGAGCGGACGAUACGAUCAUAUGUCACUCUCAGGUCCAAAGAGGAAAUGAUAGGGCGGUUAUUAUCCAACGAAAAGGGCUGGUUUCUAAAAUGUUCUUGUAGUGACAUUCCGGAAGACCUUCAGCUCAGGCAAUGCGCGGGAUGCCAGGUUGUGCGGUACUGCUCAAAGCGAUGCCAGCGUAAUUCCUGGUAUAGUCACCACAGGUGGAGCUGUAAAUUUCUCAAGGCAGCGGUCGGCUCAUCGACACCGCACCACGUGAAACGUAGUCUUCGUCUGCUGGCUGCCUUAGAGGACAGACAGAUGUCGUGCCAGGGGGCCGACGAUAUUCCGAAGUUGGUUGCCGCUGCGCAGCGCCAAUAUCCGACAGAUCAGGAUCGACUCGUGGUGGAGCUCGGUGUAGAUAAGCUUGACAUAUCAGUUCGCCCUCUUCGGGAUUACCUCUUCCUGUUCGAUGGGCUCUCUGAAAAUGACGUGGUGGAAAGCCUAUCGUCCUGGAACAUGAAGAAAGAAUUCAGGGGCCGUCAAUCAUUCUUGUGUUCGGUUAUUGCGAUAAACGACCAAUACUAUUCACGGCAGAUUUUGUUCAGUCCGCGUACUGCAUUGAACAUGGAGAUGAGGUUGGGCCGUCUGAGGCGUUUUAAUGUACGUGAAUUCUUGUUGCUCGGGUCUUGUUCAACUGUGCUUGUUCAUUGAUCUGCAUUGUGUCAGGGUUGCGGCAUAUGGUAGCGGCAUAAUCUGGGCCGUCCCCCCAACGGGGACGACGCAGUCAUAGCACGUAGUGAUUACCUCUCUCCAGUCGACCAUAUUUUCGCUCCGUUUGCCCCUCGCGCAUAUCUCAGCAUCAUGUUUGCAAUCAAGGAGCUACUUACUUGUAAUGUUGCAGUUACCUGGGCACCUCUAAGCUUUGUCAUCUUGGUAUGUACAAAAUGUAUUGGACCU